AUGCGUUGGAAGCCUCCGAGGCCCUUCCCCGGGGAGAGCCCCAAGGGGCGGAGCGGGGCCUGGCUCGGCCGCCGGCUGUUUGGCUCCGCUUCCGAGGGCGCGGCCCUGCUCUUAUCCCCCGCUGUCCCCUCCAGGGGCAUCCGCAGGGUGCAGGGAAGCCAGGCGCCCUCACAAACUCUGCCUCCAUCACAAGACCGGCACAAGCGGGGCCUUUGUGCCUCUGGGGCCUCUCCCCAGUACUCCAGGCUGCAAUGGGCGUGGAGCCAGACCUGCGGAAUGGCGCCUGGGUGGUCCCGGGUGGGCUCCAGGCAGACCUCAGGGGCAGACCUAGAAAGGUCACCCCCAGAGCCCGCCGCGGUCCUGAGGGAAGGUGUGCGCCAGUGCCUACAGCAACAGUGCGAGCAGACGGUGCGGAUCCUGCACGCCAAGGUGGCCCAGAAAUCAUAUGGAAAUGAGAAGCGGUUCUUCUGCCCCCCACCCUGUGUCUACCUCGCAGGUCCCGGAUGGAGGGUGAAGCCAGUGCAGGGCCAAGCCCACCAGGCAGGGGAGACCGGGCCCAUCGUCUGCGGUUACAUGGGACUGGACGGCGCGUCCGGCAGCGCUGCCGAGACGCAGAAGUUGAAUUUCGAAGAGCAGCCGGACUCCAGGGAAUUCGGUUGCGCCAAGACCCUGUACAUCUCGGACGCAGACAAGAGGAAGCACUUCCGGCUGGUGCUGCGGCUAGUGCUCCGAGGGGGGCGGGAGCUGGGCACUUUCCACAGCCGCCUCAUCAAGGUCAUCUCCAAGCCCUCGCAGAAGAAGCAGUCGCUGAAAAACACCGACCUGUGCAUAUCCUCGGGCUCAAAGGUCUCCCUCUUCAACCGCCUGCGCUCCCAGACGGUCUCCACGCGCUACCUCUCUGUGGAGGAUGGGGACUUUGUGGCCAGCGCACGCCAGUGGGCUGCCUUCACUCUCCACCUGGCUGAUGAACACUGUUCCCAGGGAGACUUCCCGCCUCGAGAGGGCUAUGUCCACUACGGCUCCCUGGUGCAGCUGAUCUGCACAGUCACGGGCAUCACACUACCUCCAAUGAUCAUCCGCAAAGUAGCUAAACAGUGUGCACUCCUCGACGUGGAUGAGCCCAUCUCCCAGCUGCACAAGUGUGCAUUCCAGUUCCCAGGUGGUCCUCCAGGAGGGGGUGGCACCUACUUAUGUCUCGCCACAGAGAAGGUGGUGCAGUUUCAGCUGAGUGGCGGGGGCGAUGUGGCAACACUGGAGCUCCACGGUGAAAACCUCCACGCGGGGCUCAAGGUUUGGUUCGGGGAAGUGGAGGCCGAAACCAUGUACAGGAGCCCGCGGUCCCUGGUGUGCGUGGUACCAGACGUAGCCGCCUUCGGCAGCGACUGGCGCUGGCUGCGCACACCCAUCACCGUGCCCGUGAGCCUCGUGCGUGCCGACGGCCUCUUCUACCCCAGCGCCUUCUCCUUCACCUACACCCCCGAGUACAGCGUGCGGUCCGGCCCUCCGGGCGCGCCCGCCGCUGACGCCGAUGCGCUCCUGGAGAGCAUCCAUCACGAGUUUACACGCACCAACUUCCACCUCUUCAUCCAGACGUAGGAGGCGCGGCCUGGACGCUGGGCCUGACCCCCGGCCGGUUUUCUGGGGCCUGGGCCCUGCCCUCUGCCCCUGUGCUGCGGAAGUGAAGGCUGCAGCCCGAGCAGCAGAAGCCUCUCGCCCUAGAAACCCGUCCCUGUGGGUCUAACACGGGUCACUCACUCGUCCUUUUCCAGCUAGGAAGACACGACCUGAGUGACGCUCCCUUUGUGUCCAGUCAGGAGUGUGGCUUUCCCUGUCUUUGUUUCUGGUUCACUCUCUAAAUCAAUCACACACUCCC